AUGGAUAAAUACAACGUUAUUAAACUUAUAGGUGAGGGUACAUAUGGUGUUGUAUCAUUUGGAUUCCAAAAGUCAACAGGUCGUCCAGUGGCUAUAAAGAAGAUCAAGAAGAUAUUGAUAAAGGAUGCAACAGAUGAUGGUGUCUCCUUCUCUGCAAUCAGAGAGAUCAAAGCACUUCAAGAAUUCAAACAUACAAACAUAGUAGAGUUAGUAGAUGUAUUUGCUUACAAGUCCAAUGUAUAUCUUGUGUUCGAGUUGAUGUCUUGGGAUCUACAACAUAUUAUAGAGGACAAGUCUGUCAUUCUAAAGGCUGCAGACAUCAAGAGUUAUAUGUUAAUGUUACUUCAAGGUGUUGAGGCAUGUCACAAGAACUGGAUACUUCAUAGAGAUCUAAAGCCAAACAAUCUGUUGUGUUCUUCAGAGACUGGCGAGAUGAAACUGGCAGACUUUGGUCUGGCGAGACAGUAUGGCGAUCCUCAUAAGGUGUUCUCACCACAAGCCGUUACAAUCUUUUAUCGUGCACCAGAGUUGUUGUUUGGCGCCAAGUCAUACGGACCAUCAGUGGACAUGUGGUCAGUUGGAUGCAUCUUUGCCGAGCUGAUGCUUCGUACUCCAUACCUACCGGGCAACAGCGAGAUUGAUCAACUCAAGAAGAUAUUCUCUGCGCUUGGCACACCGAACGAGACGAUAUGGCCUGGCGUCACAUCGCUGCCAAACUAUAUACAGUUCACCGAGUUCCCUGCGACACCAUUCAAUCAACUGUUCACUGCCGCUUCGUCAGACGCCUUGGAUCUUCUGGCCAAGAUGCUUACAUUCAAUCCAGCUUCAAGAUGUACCGCCACCGAGGCGUUGGCUCAUCCCUACUUCUCCAACCAACCCAAGCCCACCUCUCCAAAGGACUUGCCGCGUCCAGCCAACGCUGCAGUCUACAACCUGGAUCCAAACCAGCCUCCCGUGCCCAAGAAGUGA